CUAAAGGCCCAUUGGCUUUCCUCUCUCUGUGUCUGUUUGCAUGUACAACUACCUUCUGUCUUCUGUGACGUGAGACGUGAUCACAACAACCCAACAGCCGGAAAAUGGCGGACGACAACAUUGAUUUGUACGCCGACGAUUUAGAUCAAGAUUUUUCGCAGGACUUUGGUGCCGACGGUGUUGAUUUGUACGACGAUGUGAUUGCUGCGCCGCAAUCGAGUCUCGACGACAACGAGGAAAAUGUACAGCCGCAACCUACAAACAAUGGCAGCGGGCCGCACAACUCGCCACCCAUGGAGAAGUACCAGCCAUCGGGCGGCAUGCGUGAUAGUAUGCGUGACGGCAUGCGUGAUUUGCGCGACCGAGACGGUGGACGUCGCCACCAACUCUACGUCGGCAAUCUCACUUGGUGGACUACAGACCAAGACAUCACAAACGCCGUUUGCGAUAUUGGCGUUAAGGACUUUUUAGAGGUCAAGUUCUUUGAAAACAGAGCCAAUGGACAGUCCAAGGGAUUCUGCAUAAUUUCCCUUGGCUCGGAGCAGAGCGCUCGCAACUGCAUGUCUCGUUUGGGCGACAAGGAGCUGCACGGCCAAAAACCAGUCGUCACGUACCCUACAAAAGCAGCCUUGAAUCAGUUCCAGUUUGAGGCUCAGUCUAAGACGAGACCGGCACCACAAAUGUCUCAGCAGAGAGGAAUGCAGCAAGGAGGAGAUGGGGGUGGGCGAGGAGGCCCCCGAAAUUUCAACAGAGGCCCUGGAGGUGGUCCUGGAAACCAGGGCCCUCCUCCUGGACCAUCCAGAUCUCAUGGCAUGGGCUUUGCUCCGAUGCAGCCAUUCCAAAUUCCGCCUCCCGGAGGUCCUCCGAGGGGUCCUCCUCCGGGUCAGAUGCACCCUAAUGACCCUCGAGGUCCUCCUCCCCGCGGCGAUUGGAACAGGCCACCUGGUCCAGGCUUCCCGCCUCACCAGCCGCCUCCGAUGCAAGGGCCGCCUCCGGGCCAAGGCCCACCGAUGAGAGGCCCGCCCCCAGGCAUGAUGCCGCCCCAACUGGGGCCCCCUCCUGGACAGAUGCCGGCUCCACAUGUGAACCCGGCCUUCUUCCAGCCGGGAGCUGUUCCUCCUCACCAGGCGCCACCUCCGCACGCUGGAGGGCCGCAUGGGCCUCCACACGGUCCACCACACGCUGCUCCACAAGGCUACGGACCUCCACCUACACAACCAUGGCCUAGAUAUGGUCCUCCUGGUGGAGUUGACGGCGGUGCAGGAAUAAGCGAAGUGGAGUUUGAAGAAAUCAUGGGACGCAACCGCUCGGUGUCCAGUACAGCCAUCAGCAGAGCAGUGUCAGACGCGGCAGCUGGCGACUUCGCAAGCGCCAUCGAGACCCUGGUCACGGCCAUUUCGCUGAUCAAGCAGUCCAAGGUGGCCAACGACGACCGCUGCAAGAUUCUCAUCAGCAGCCUGCAGGACACCCUGCACGGCAUUGAGGCCAAGAGCUACGGCUCUGGCAGGAGAGAACGAUCUCGCUCAAGGGACAGGUCACACAGACGCAGGAGGGAGAGGUCGCGAAGCCGAGAAAGAGAUUAUAGAGAGCGCAGCAGGGAAAGAGAACGGGACAGAUACUAUGCAGAGUAUCCAAGAGAACGGUCUCGUAGCAGGGAGCGCGAAUACAGAGAGAGAAGUCGAGAGGACAGCUCUUCAAGGACCGCCGUUCGUCCGAGGCUAAAAUCCAACGAGCCAGCCGAAGACCCUGCGUUGAUGAAUUCCAAAUCCAGCAGUCGGUACUACGAAGAGCGCUACCGGGAGCGGGCGGAACGUGACGCACGUCGAGAACCAGAACGAGAACGCGAGCGGCGCGAAGAACGCGAAACCACCCACCGCUCAAGACACUGAACGAAGCUGCUGCAAAUCAAGAGAAAUAAAGUAUUGUCGGUACUUUUAAUCAUUAAUCCUUUUCAGAGUUGUUUAGUGAAAACAUUCGAUCAUGAUUGUUUCGGGAUGGAAAAUUAUUAUUCCAGCUAAGCAAAACAAAUCUUCUGUGUAGUUCAAUUAAAACACACUACUUGAUGUCCUACUUGUGAAAUUGGCUUAUUUUAUCAAUUGAAACCUCUAAUAUUUUUUAAAUGUUUGAAGCUGCGUAGAAUUUUAUCGGAGUUUGCACAAAAUGUUUUACCUCCACUUGGAACUGAUGUGAAGAACAUUAUAUAUUUGUAAUAUAGCUCAAGAUUGUACUCGAUGCGUCCGCUGGAGUGUCCAUUUUUGCAGGUAACUCAAUUUUCUUGUGAUUUGUUAAGACUGAGUGAGGUCAACUGAAAUUUGCUGAAAUCUGCUUUCAGAAGUUGACUUAAAUUUUAAAACCUGUCAAAAGCAGGUACACCUAUCUUCUCCUGUAAUGUAAAACAGAUUUUUGUGCACAAAUUUUUAAAUGCAAUUUAUUGAAAACCAUAAAAAAAUUAUUUUUGCUUCACAAUGGUUCUUUGGAACGCUUGGUUACAGUUCCGUAAUUGUAAUGGAACUUUCAUUUGUGAGUAUGUUUUAAAUACUUAAGAAUAAUAAGAAUUUAAAAAUUUAGCUCUCAAUGGUAAAAAUAAUUAUUUAUAUUGAUAAUAUUAUUAGAUUUUAAAUAAUGAUAGUGUGCUCUCUUUACGACUUCAUAAAAUAUAUGCUCUGAGCUGAUAGCAAAUUGCGGAAUUUCAAAGGAAAUUUAAAGAAUCGAGGAACGUGUAUAAUUACAGCUACAACAUUAACAUUACUUAUGAAGCAAUUUUAUAGGAUAAGUGAAUGUUCUAUUUUUUUUACACAAAAAUUUGCUCAAAUUUGUUUCAAUAUUCUUGUACAAACUGCAUUUAAUGUCACUUGCAAAAUAGAGAUAAUUCUCGUAAAAAAAAAAUAUUUAUAACUGUUAACUCUACAUAAAGAACUAAAAGUUUUGUAACAUUUUUCAGAUAACUGUUCAAAAAGUAUGUUCUUCUCUUAUUCAUAAUUAAUGCAAUGAGUUGUAAAUAAUUCCAAAAUCUCAAUUUUCAUAAGAAUCUAUUCUUCCAUUGCUUAAAUUUCGAUGAGCAGGAAGUUUGUUACAAGGAAUGUCUGAAAUAUAAUUAAUUAGUUGAAAUAGAUUGCCUUGUCUAAUGGGUAAGGAAUAAACAAUCUGUACCUCAAUGAGAUUUGAUAUGAAGCAAUAAUUAUUAAUUUCAUUAUGACCAAAAACUUGUUUUGUUUUUUUGUUGCUUUUAUUUGAACAUGUUCCAUGUCUAUUAUUUUGACAAUAUUUAUAUUAAUUAAAUAAAU